CUCUUUCCCACGCAUUCCAAGUCCAGCAAGUUCGCAGGGAGCUGUCAGCCCGUCCAGGAAGGCCCGGGCCUGGGUUUGCCUCUUCAAGCAGCUACUGCAGGGGCGUGGGCAGGGGGCAUAGGAGACUUUGGACUUUCCUUUGAGACAGUAGAAAGCGUUACAUCCAGAGGCGAGAUUCUAGCCUGGGGUCCCCGCCUUCCCGGCCUCCUCUUCCUCUCCCUCUGACUCCCUUUCCUGUGCCUCUCCCCCGGCCUCUUUUCCGGCCAGAGUCCAGCCUUAACCCGGGCAGGGGGCGGAGUCCUGUUAAGGCGGUGUGGGGAGGAGGCGGGGCCAGGGCAGGGGCGGGGCAGAACCGGGCCAAGCUGGGCGGGUCAUGCGCCCUGGCCUUCGCGCAUCUCCCGGGUUAGCUGCGUGUCCGGGUGCUAGGCUGCAGACCCGCCGCCAUGACGCUGCGCGCGGCCGUCUUCGAUCUUGACGGGGUGCUGUCGCUGCCAGCGGUGUUCGGCGUCCUCGGCCGCACGGAGGAGGCCCUGGCGCUGCCCAGAGGACUUCUGAAUGAUGCUUUCCAGAAAGGGGGACCAGAGGGUGCCACUACCCGGCUUAUGAGAGGAGAGAUCACACUUUCCCAGUGGAUACCACUCAUGGAAGAAAACUGCAGGAAGUGCUCCGAGACCGCUAAAGUCUGCCUCCCCAAGAAUUUCUCCAUAAAAGAAAUCUUUGACAAGGCAAUUUCAGCCAGAAAGAUCAACCGCCCAAUGCUUCAGGCAGCUCUCAUGCUCAGGAAGAAAGGAUUCACAACUGCCAUCCUCACCAACACCUGGCUGGACGACCGUGCUGAGAGAGAUGGCCUGGCCCAGCUGAUGUGUGAGCUGAAGACACACUUUGACUUCCUGAUAGAGUCGUGUCAGGUGGGAAUGGUCAAACCUGAACCUCAGAUCUACAAGUUUCUGCUGGACACCCUGAAGGCCAGCCCCAGUGAGGUCAUUUUUUUGGAUGACAUCGGGGCUAAUCUGAAGCCAGCCCGUGACUUGGGAAUGGUCACCAUCCUGGUCCAGAACACUGACACAGCCCUGAAAGAACUGGAGAAAGUGACCGGAAUCCAGAUUCUCAAUACCCCGGCCCCUCUGCUGACCUCUUGCAAUCCAAGUGACAUGAGCCAUGGGUACGUGACAGUAAAGCCCGGGGUCCGUCUGCAUUUUGUGGAGCUGGGCUCCGGCCCUGCUGUGUGCCUCUGCCAUGGAUUUCCCGAGAGCUGGUAUUCUUGGAGGUACCAGAUCCCUGCUCUGGCCCAGGCAGGUUACCGGGUCCUAGCUAUGGACAUGAAAGGCUAUGGAGAGUCGUCUGCUCCUCCCGAAAUAGAAGAAUAUUGCAUGGAAGUGUUAUGUAAGGAGAUGGUAACCUUCCUGGAUAAACUGGGCCUCUCUCAAGCAGUGUUCAUUGGCCAUGACUGGGGUGGCAUGCUGGUGUGGUACAUGGCUCUCUUCUACCCCGAGAGAGUGAGGGCGGUGGCCAGUUUGAAUACUCCCUUCAUACCGGCAAAUCCCAACGUGUCCCCUUUGGAGAGUAUCAAAGCCAACCCAGUAUUUGAUUACCAGCUCUACUUCCAAGAACCAGGAGUGGCUGAGGCUGAACUGGAACAGAACCUGAGUCGGACUUUCAAAAGUCUCUUCAGAGCAAGCGAUGAGAGUGUUUUAUCCAUGCAUAAAGUCUGUGAAGCGGGAGGACUUUUUGUAAAUAGCCCAGAAGAGCCCAGCCUCAGCAGGAUGGUCACUGAGGAGGAAAUCCAGUUCUAUGUGCAGCAGUUCAAGAAGUCUGGUUUCAGAGGUCCUCUAAACUGGUACCGAAACAUGGAAAGGAACUGGAAGUGGGCCUGCAAAAGCUUGGGACGGAAGAUCCUGAUUCCGGCCCUGAUGGUCACGGCGGAGAAGGACUUCGUGCUCGUUCCUCAGAUGUCCAAGCACAUGGAGGACUGGAUUCCCCACCUGAAAAGGGGACACAUUGAGGACUGUGGGCACUGGACACAGAUGGACAAGCCCACCGAGGUGAAUCAGAUCCUCAUUAAGUGGCUGGAUUCUGAUGCCCGGAACCCACCGGUGGUCUCAAAGAUGUAGAACGCAGCGUGCGCCCACGCUCAGCAGGUGCGCCGUCCUUCCACCUGCUGGGGCACCAUUCUUAGUAUACAGAGGUGGCCUUACACACAUCUCUCAUGGAUGGCAGCAUUGUUCUGAAGGGGUUUGCAGAAAAAAAAAGAUUUUCUUUACAUAAAGUGAAUCAAAUUUGACAUUAUUUUAGAUCCCAGAGAAAUCAGGUGUGAUUAGUUCUCCAGGCAUGAAUGCAUCGUCCCUUUAUAUCUAAGAACCCUUAGUGUCCUGUAGGGGGACAGAAUGGGGUGGCCAGGUGGUGAUUUCUCUUUGACCAAUGCAUAGUUUGGCAGAAAAAUCAGCCGUUCGUUUAGAAGAAUCUUAGUAGAGAUUGGGAUGCCUUACUCAAUAAAGCUAAGAUGACUAUG